AUGGAUUCUCCGGACUUCUCUGAGAGGAAGCAUUUCCUGCCGAUGAACAGCCCGGGUGUUGAGGCUGCCUACUGUGACAGGAAUGUUUCGGCCCAAGGCCGCGGACCUGUGUCUAGAAUUAAGGGGUGCUUGACACAAAGGGUCCAGUACAGCCUGUGGCUUGUCCUGUUGUAUCAGCUGUCGUUUCUCACUACCGUGAUUUUGCUCAUGCAGUUUACAGCAAAGCCCGGUCACCACGACAGUCUUGUCUUCAAGGUCAGAGAGUACGACUUUUCAGGCUACCAGUGCGCUCCCCUGGGGGCGCCCCCGGAGGUGGCGCGGCGACGUGGCUGCGAGCUGGAUACGUUCGCACUGCACUGGUACCCCAGGGAGAGGCUCGAGGACCCCGACACCAGGGAGCUCAUGCGCAAUUUUACCGACAUGGGCUGGCCCCGGUACUACGACCGCGAGGCCAAGAAAAAGAUUGACGUCUUCGAUCCGGCCGAAAGCCAGGCCUGGGUCACCAAGAAGGAGCACUAUUGGCACUGCGGCUAUACCACUAUCCUCUCCCACCUGUGGAUAACCAAGGGCUUCGACCCCCCGGUGACCUAUGCUCACACCAUCCACUGCGUGACCAUGCUCUUAAACCUCAUCGAGAAGAAUCCCCCGCCCGAUCUGUACGAGGUGGCCGCCAAUAUCAAGACCCCGCCCGAUCCCGAACAUUGGCCUUUGGGCCGUCACGUUUUCCGCCUGGUGCUUCCAUUCAUAACUGCAUGUGGGGAACUUGAGGUGAAGCAGGCUGUUAAAAAUAUCCUUUUGGCGCGCGAGAUCCCAGUUGAUGAGCAUGUCGGCGCAGUGGGCGCUGUGGGCGUAGCUCGAAGUCCAACUGUCCAUGGGCCGGUCCAGGGCGACGGCACGGUGGAAUUUCUUCCAGAUGAGGGCGCAGUGCGCCAUGUGCUGAUGCCAGGGUACCCAAGCGCUGGCGAGCUCACCGUUAAUGGCAACGUGCUUGGGUAUCAUGGCCUCGGCCGGGGGCGUCAGGUUGGUCCGCGCGAACUGCCAGUCCUGCGCGUCCCAGUCAUCGCCCAGCUGCUGAUCGUAGCACUCGGGCGGAACCCAUGCGAAGUUGUGCAGCUCGAACUUGCAGCCCAGGGCCCUUGCCUCUUCAGGAGUGUUGCCGCACGAAUAGAGGAUGGGUGCCGUCGUCUGGAUGGCGGCGGCAUCGUGGCCCCAGGAAGGGCGUGGCGGUUUUCUCUCGGCGAUUCCACAAAUGCCAAGGACGCCCAUGGACAGCCAAAAGAUCUUCAAGAGUGA